AUGGCGGCAUCCAUGAAGACUGAAGAGAAGGGUGCCCCCAAAGCGAAAGCCAAGCCCAAAGCGAAAUCGCAAGCCAAACAAAAAGAUGAACGCACCAAGACUUUGCAGAAGGAUAUAAAAGCGCUCCGGGACAAGGGGCAAAAGGCCAGGGAACUGGCGAUCGACCUCACUGCAUGCAAGAUCCCGCACCAGGAGGCUCUGCAAUGUGGAGAAUUGUUUCAGCUUCUACUCUUCCACACGUUUCCCAAUAUGGAGUGCUUAAAAUCUUCCAUUUGA